AUGAACCUGGCGGCCCGAGGGAUCCCUGUCCUCAUCAUUGGACAUCACAUCCUCUACGGCAAAGUGGUGAGCCUGGACAAGCCCUUGGCUGUAUUGGUGAAGCAUACGAUGCUCCGUUGUGUUUCAGACUUGCCUUCGUCGGUUCGCACCCGCUACCUCGUGCAGGCUCUCAUUCACACCAAGCUCCUGUUCAAGACCAGGCCGAAGCCAAUCAUCACCAACGUUCCCCGCAAGGUGUAAAUCUCCGCUACCGCUUUGUGGAGAUUCGUCAGAAGCUGCGACAGAGAG